CGUCCGCCUGCUGUCCUGAGCCGGGAGCAGCCUCGGCGGCCGCGCGUGCUACCCUCCGUCCGUGCAUCCGGCCCUCAGCCCCGCCGCGCGGCACCAUGCCCGCCGUGGACAAGCUGCUGCUGGAGGAGGCGUUGCAGGACAGCCCGCAGACUCGCUCCUUACUGAGUGUAUUUGAAGAGGAUGCUGGCACCCUCACGGACUACACCAACCAGCUGCUCCAGGCCAUGCAGCGCGUCUACGGAGCGCAGAAUGAGAUGUGCCUGGCCACUCAGCAGCUGUCUAAGCAACUCCUAGCGUAUGAGAAACAGAAUUUUGCUCUUGGCAAAGGCGAUGAAGAAGUAAUUUCUACGCUUCACUAUUUUUCCAAAGUGGUGGAUGAGCUUAAUGUUCUCCAUACAGAGCUGGCUAAACAGUUGGCAGACACAAUGGUUCUCCCCAUUGUACAAUUUCGAGAAAAGGAUCUCACAGAAGUAAGCACCUUGAAGGAUCUGUUCGGACUCGCCAGCAGCGAGCAUGACCUCUCGAUGGCCAAGUACAGCAGGCUCCCUAAAAAAAAGGAGAACGAGAAGGUGAAGAGCGAAGUGGUGCGGGAGGUGGCGGCCGCCCGGCGGAAGCAGCACCUGUCCUCCCUGCAGUACUACUGCGCCCUCAACGCGCUGCAGCACCGGAAGCGCGUGGCCAUGAUGGAGCCCAUGCUGGGCUUCGCCCACGGACAGAUUAACUUUUUUAAGAAGGGAGCAGAGAUGUUUUCCAAAAGUAUGGACAGCUUUUUAUCCUCCGUCGCGGACAUGGCUCAGAGCAUUCAGGCAGAGCUGGAAGCUGAAGCCGAAAAGAUGCGGGUGUCCCAGCAAGAACUCCUCUCGGUCGACGAAUCCGUUUACACCCCAGACGCCGACGUGGCUGCACCACAGAUCAACAGGACCCUCAUCCAGAAGGCUGGUUACCUGAACCUUAGAAACAAAACAGGGCUGGUCACCACCACCUGGGAGAGGCUCUACUUCUUCACGCAGGGCGGGAACCUCAUGUGUCAGCCCCGGGGAGCCGUGGCCGGAGGCUUGAUCCAGGACCUGGACAACUGCUCGGUGAUGGCGGUGGACUGCGAAGACCGGCGCUACUGCUUCCAGAUCACCACUCCCAACGGGAAAUCGGGGAUAAUCCUCCAGGCGGAAAGCAGAAAGGAGAACGAAGAGUGGAUCUGUGCGGUGAACAACAUCUCCAGGCAGAUCUACCUGACCGACAACCCCGAGGCAGUCGCCAUCAAGUUGAAUGAGACGGCUCUCCAAGCAGUGACUCCCAUUACAAGUUUCAGGAAAAAACAAGAGAGCCCGUGCCCCAGCCAGACCCUGGAAAAUUCAGAGAUGCAAAAUGAUGACACCGUUCCCAAAGCGACAGCCGGCGUACCGGAAGCCGAAGAACUCAUUGCACCUGGAACACCCAUUCAGUUUGACAUCGUGCUUCCCGCUACAGAGUUCCUUGAUCAGAACCGAGGGAGCAGGCGUACCAACCCUUUCGGCGAGACUGAGGACGACACAUUCCCCGAAGCGGAAGAUUCUCUUUUGCAACAGAUGUUCCUGGUUCGGUUUCUGGGAUCGAUGGCAGUUAAAACAGACCGCACCACCGAAGUGAUUUACGAAGCCAUGAGACAAGUGUUGGCGGCACGGGCUAUUCAUAACAUCUUCCGUAUGACGGAGUCCCAUCUGAUGGUCACCAGUCAGGCUCUGAGGUUAAUAGAUCCGCAGACUCAAGUAUCCAGAGCCAAUUUUGAGCUUAACAGUGUCACCCAGUUCGCGGCUCAUCAGGAAAACAAGAGACUGGUUGGCUUCGUGGUCCGCCUGCCUGAAUCCACGGGCGGAGAGUCCCUGAGCACAUAUGUUUUUGAAAGCAACUCGGAAGGCGAAAAGAUAUGUUAUGCUAUUAAUUUGGGAAAAGAAAUCAUUGAGGUUCAAAAGAGAAGCAAGAAGACUCACCUGGAGGCACACAUAGACGAGUAAGAAGGAAUGAGGCUAGAGGACAGAACAUAAUGAAAGCCGAGCCAAAGGGGUUUUAAGUGCAUUUUAAGCGUUUUCUUUUCUCCUUCUUAAACUCCCAUAACCUCAGGAUCCGGAAGCAUUGGCUAAGUUAAUGCUGUCCAUACCACUAACCAAUGAUGGAAAGUAUGUACUAUUAACCGAUCAACCAGAUGACAGUGACGGCAUUACGAGUGAAAACAGAGGCGCGGAAUCUGAAGCGUAACUCUUGUGCCUUUGGGGGAAGAGCACCCAGGAAGGACAGCUACCUUCUUAAAAGGGUCUCCAACUUCUCCGACACACGGGCGCACGGCCUGGUUUCAGAAUGCUGACAAUCGCUCACGGAAUCGCUCCCUCUCGUGCCUCGGGACUGAGACUUGGGGGGGUAACAGUGAGAAAUGGUUGCAAGCAUUCCUAGCCAUCUACAAAUGUUAUUUUAGGUGCUUUGUGGUAAGUCCUCUUCUUAGAUUGUUAUUCAGUGUGCAGAAUGAAAGUUACGAGAAAAUGCAAUGUUCACUUUAUUUGAAUUUCAUCUCUUCCGUUUCCAGUAUCCUUUUUUAAAAAUAGCAAAAGCCUAGAUUUACAAUUUGAUAAACACUAAAUAUUUCCUAUUAAUAUAAUCUAUUUUUGUAUUUUACUUAAUAAGCUUUAAGUGCCUGUCGUUUUGAAAACCGUGUAUUUAUAAUCAAGCUUGUCUCAUAAUUGGACCUACCAGCAUUCAUUUGGGCAGUCAGGUGACAAGCCUGCUUUGAGGCCCAAGCACUAGCAAAAACGCAAGUGUAGCUCUGAUAACUGUUCACACAUCGUGCGGUAGAACGGCCAGCAGAUAGAUGAGUACCAUGAGAGAUGUCCAGCUUCACGGUGGAUCCGCGGUGAACCAGCAUUCUGAAGCUCGUGGACCUGUAGGUAGUACCGUUUUUAGCAGCAGGUCUCCGUGGACGGGGUGCAGUUCUGCCAGGUCCUCUUUCUUCUGAGCCAGACCGUCCUCAAGGAAGGAACCAGUUAAUUUGAAAACUCACUUGAAGAACAGCUGGUGGUAGGGCUUGGUAGCAAGUUCCUACUUGCACCUGGCUGGCACUCCAGCAGACUCCCCUCUCCCCUCUGAUACAUGAAAUAAGUACAGUGAUCUUGAAUUGGUACAGUGUAUUUAAUUAUAACCAAGUUCAACAGAAUGUCGUUGUCUUUGUAAUAAAUUAACCUAGCAGUAAAUGCUAGCAAAUAAAACCUAUCA